GUCAAGCAGGAGCAUGUGGCCGCUGGUGCUGUGGCUGGCGCUCGCCCAGGCACCGCCGUUGAGAGCACACGUCGCAGACCCGCUGCUUUGCGCCACCACCGAGGAGAUGGCAAAGGCGGCCGGGUACGCCGUGGAGGCUCACGAGGUGCGCACCGCGGACGGGUAUGUAGUGAGGCUGGACCGGCUGGUCGGUGGGCGCCCUGGCGGGCAGCCGGCGCUGCUGCUGCACGGACUCUUCUGCGCCUCUGACCUCUGGCUGCUAAGGGGGCCCGGCGCCGCGCUCGGGUACCUACUUGCAGAUGACGGCUACGACGUGUGGCUGAUGAACUUCAGAGGAAACAGAUACAGUGCUAGACACACAACCCUGAAUACUACGGAUCCCUCAUUCUGGAAAUUCAGCUGGCACGAGAUGGCCGUGUGGGACCUGCCCGCGACCAUAGACCACGUGCUGGCGGUGACGGGCUGGCGUCAGCUGCAGGCAGUGGGCCACUCCAUGGGCAACACGGCGCUGCUCGCCAUGCUGGCCUCGCGGCCGCAGUACGCGCGCAAGCUGGCGCUCGGUUCGCUGCUGGCGCCAGUCGCCUACGUCCACACGUUCAGGGUGCCCUUCAGCCAUUUUCUGCUCGCUGACUGGCGCCACAUCCAGAGCCUCCUCCAGAGAGCGCGCAUAUACAGAGUUCCGCCAACGACCAAGGAAUCUUGCUCGCUGUUGCAGAAGACUUGUGGGGACGACAAACCUACGCAGGAUCUCUGCCUGAAUCUCAUUCAAACUCUUUAUGGGUGGGAUCCUCAAGGUUUAAAUAGGUCGGCUCUGCCAUUCUACCUGUCGCACAUGUUUGCUGGCGUGUCUGUGGACACUAUUGCUCACUUCGCACAGAUUAUUAAGUCAGGUCGGUUUGAAGCCAUGGACCGCGGCCCAGAGGAAAACUUGCGCCGCUACGGAUCGACGAGGCCCCCUGCUUACCACCUGCAGAGAAUAGACGCCCCGCUCGCUCUAUACUACGCCGACAACGACUACGAGCUGCACCCUAAGGGUGUGAUGCGGCUGGCGCAGGAGUUACAGAAUGUUGUGUCAAUCGAACGUGUGCCGGAGACAGCAUUCAACCACAUAGACUUCCUUUUGCACAAGCGGGUGCUCAGCCUGCUGUACAGCAGCGUCAUGGCAGUCAUGCAGCAAUUUCGUCACAGCAUUGCAGCCAACAUCUCUCCGUAGCAAGCUCACAGAAAACUACUUUCUAGUCACCAUAAAAAUUUCCAUUCCAUACAGACAGAUUAUACAACAGGGAGAUGCCAGUCUCAUAUACCAGUAAACAGUUAAUGCA